AUGAAAAGAGACGCGGCAUACGUGGUGCUCCUCACAAAGUAUAAAGAAAUAGAGCCAUCAGCAACUAAAGAUACUGUUGUUAAGAAAAUUAAUACAUUACGAACGAAUUACAGACGAGAAAAAAAAAAGGGAAACAAAAAACAAAAGAAAGAUGAGGACCACCAUGAAGUAUUUGGGAAAUCGGUUGCUGCUAAAAUGAGAGACGUAUUGGACCACAAACAAAGACUGGUGGCAGAAAAAAUUAUAAAUGAUACGCUAUUCAUGGCUGAAGUGGGCCAGUUGAAGCCCACCCACACAAUUUGCCAUCUGAGAGCAGACUCCACUCUGCUGUACAGCAAUUACUGUGCAACAGUGAGCAGAAGCAGUUUGGAAUCACUUGCAUCAUUUGUCAGUAAUGCCAGUGACAAUCAAUAUGUAAUUAAUAUGUAA